AUGCAAGCAUCUAUCGAGAAGCGUAAAAAUGAAAAUGAAAUUCCUAACCUUAUCAACACAUUCCAAGAGAAACCAGUCAAAAAGUUGUCACGUCAUGCUCGCUAUAAUAAAAAACAAAAGCUUGAGAAAGAACAAAAUUCGACCUUGUUGACGGAUUAUAAUGUGUUAAGACCGAUUUUACCGUUGAUAACUAGCGAUAUUAUUUUUGAUCCAAAUCGGGGUGUCCCCCUUUGUCCGUCGGAUCGUAUAUCAUUGGGUGGUGUCAAAAUUUGCAAAGAAAUUUUAUCCAAAGAUCUUUUAGUCAACAUGCUAAUUCGAGAGGCAAGGUCAGCUAAUAAUAUUGAGUUGUCCGAUGUUCCGCCUAAUUUUCUUCUGUUAGUAGAUAAAGAAAUAAUUAAAAUGGGGGGCAUGAUGAUGCCAAUUCCUAUCCUGAUAAUGCAAAAAAUAAACGUUUAUGGGUCGCUCUUGGUUGCUGAUCUUAAAUAUGCUGUUGAUUUUCAAAACAAUGAAUCACAGGACAUUUUAAGAACCACCUUAUAUAUUUCUCGAAAAGAGAAAGCUCAUUUAAUAAUAUCUGCCCGGGGUAAUCUCUGUUCGUUUAAAAAAUUAGUAAAACUUCGCCAUUUAACCGUUUCGGAGUGUGUUACGGAUGUAGAAGGUAGAACCUUAGUACACUUGGCAUUACUAAAUAAUCCAAGGGCGGUUAUACAAGCAACAGAUGCCGUAAACCAUUAUUAUUUUCAUACCCUAAAUAACCCUUCCCAUCGUAGUGAUGAAUUCUGGAAAAAUUUCAUAGAACAUUUUGGUGCAUACACACGAAAUAAUCUCCUCCUAUUUACUAGUUUAAAUACCGCAAGCUCUCAUAAUACCGCACAUCAAGAAUGCGUUAACACUUUACUUCGCAAUCUUGGCCCAUUAUCAGCCUCUGUCAAUGAAUUUGUACGAAAAUUCUAUGGAAAUUUAUAUGAAAAACUAGAGAAGUUGGCGUGGGGUCCCUUUGCACCUCGACCUUUUAGAAUCUUCCUGAUGAUCGCUAUUAAUUACAAUACAACUAGCGAUUACCAUUGGGACGAACACGACGAACCAAAUAGUUUAUGCUGUUUGGUCGCUCUCAGAGAAUUUGAGGGAGGAGAAUUAUGUUUCCCUCAAACUCAGAUCAUUGUACCGCUUCGGCCUGGACAAGUUGUGGCGUUUUCCUCACGUCUUCUACUGCACGGUAAUUUUCUACUUAUAAAAGGUAUUCGUCAUAGUAUUGUAUACUUUGUACAUGAUACCUUUUUUCAUAAUCUACGAAAAUUCGAUGAUAUAUACGAUAAUCUGAAGGAUGGGAUUGAGAGAAAUGCUGAUGAGCAUGAUGUUCUUUUCAUUAAACAUCAAAAUCUCAAUAAUGCUCAAGGAUUGAAUUCCAGAACUACGUUUUUUAAGCUGAAAAAAAAGCAAAUAACAAUUCCUCCUUCAUCAACGGAUUGUAGAAGGUGUCAUAUUUCUUUGGUACGUGCUAGGUAUGGGUUGAGGGCAGAAGAUCUACUUCCAGAUUUAUAA